AUGAACACACUUUCUGCUUAUGUAGCUAUUAAUAACUGUAUUCUCUGCCAAGCUGGCAUUGGAAUCUUAUCCAACAACUUCCUCUUCUUCCACAUCUUCACACGCCCACAGUAUCACAAGCCAAAGCUCACUGACCUGAUCUGCUGUCACCUGGCCCUUGUCCACAUAAUGAUGCUUCUCACUGUGCUGUUUUGGAGGUCUCCAGAUCUGUUUGAGUCCCUGAAUUUUUUCAAUGACUUCAAGUGUAAGGCUUUGUUCUACCUAAUCAGGGUGAUGAGGAGCCUCUCCAUCUGCACCACCUGCCUCCUGAGUAUCAUCCAGGCCAUCACCAUCAGCUCCAGCACCUCCUGGUUGGCACAGUUGAAACAUAAAUCCACACAUUUCAUCUUCUUUUUAUCAUUACUAUGGUUUCUCUGUUUGUGUUUCAGUACUAGCACGAUCUUCUACACUGUGGCAAAUUCCAAUGUGACUCAGACCAAUGUAAUGGUCAUCACUAAAUACUGUUCAUUUUUCCCCAUAAGUCAUAGCAUCAGAGGUUUGGUGUUCACACUAAUAACAUCCAGAGACAUCUUCCUUAUAGGAGUCAUGCUGCUCUCAAGUGUGUACAUGGUGAUCCUCCUACUCAGGCAUCAGAGGAGGUCCCAGUACCUUCACAGCACCAGCCUCUCCCCAAGAUCUUCCCCAGAGAAGAGGGCCACCCAGACCAUCCUGCUGCUGGUGAGUUUCUUUGUGGUCAUGCACUGUGUGGACUUCAUCUUCUCAUCCUCUUCAAUUAUACUGUGGUCAUAUGACUCAGUUAUCUUGGGUAUACAUGAUGUUGUGGUCAGUGCCUAUGCCACUGUCAGUCCACUGGUGCUUAUCAGUUCUAAUAAAAGGAUAAUUAUUUUUUUCAAAAUAUACCAUAGAAAAGCUUUGAAUUUUAACAAAUUGAGUAUAAACUUGGUGGUCUUUGUGUGA